AAAAAGUGUUUUUAGGCUGCGCGAGGCUCACUGUUGGUCAGCCAGUGUGUGAGAGCAGCUUAGAAGGGCUGGGAGCUCUGUGUCUGGUUUAAACGCAACUUUGGGAGAAGCUUUGGGGAAAUGGCUGGCGUUCAUCGCUUGGUUAUCGUCCGACACGGAGAGAGCUCCUGGAACCAAGAGAACCGCUUCUGUGGCUGGUUUGACGCUGACCUCAGUGAGAAGGGCUUGGAGGAGGCCAAGCGUGGAGCGCAGGCCAUCAAAGAGGCGGGCAUUAAGUUUGACGUGUGCUACACCUCUGUGCUCAAACGGGCCAUCAAGACCCUGUGGACCAUCAUGGAGGGCACGGACCAGAUGUGGCUGCCUGUGAUCCGUACCUGGCGCCUGAACGAACGUCACUACGGAGGCCUUACCGGCCUCAACAAGGCAGAGACGGCCGAAAAGCACGGCGAGGAGCAGGUGAAGAUCUGGCGCCGUUCCUUCGAUAUCCCACCUCCGCCUAUGGAUCAGGACCACCCUUACAACAAAAUCAUCAGUGAGUCUCGACGUUACAAGGGCCUGAAGCCCGGUGAGCUUCCUACCUGUGAGUCCCUGAAGGACACCAUCGCGCGUGCGCUGCCUUUCUGGAACGACGUCAUCGCUCCUGAAAUCAAAGCAGGGAAGAACGUUAUCAUCGCAGCUCACGGCAACAGCCUCCGUGGAAUCGUUAAACACUUGGAGGGCAUGUCUGACGCAGCCAUCAUGGAGCUGAACCUCCCCACAGGAAUCCCAAUCGUGUACGAGCUGGAUGCAGACCUGAAACCGGUCAAGCCCAUGUCUUUCCUCGGCGAUGAAGAAACUGUAAAGAAGGCCAUGGAGGCCGUGGCUGCCCAGGGCAAAGUCAAGAAGUAAACCAACCUGCCUUGGAGUGCUCCAUGAACGGGCAGAUAGAGACUUGUACCCCUUUAUUCUUCUCGCUUUACCUCUAAGUGCCCAUCCUCAUAUUUCAUUCCAAAUGGGGAAAUGGUUAAUGGUUUUUUGGGAGAAGAGCCAGGCCCCGCAUUUUACGCAGUCGCACAUCACUCAGACCUUUUAAAUUGUGGUCGAGCCCUACUUUGUAGAGCUCGCCGCUCACAACCAAUAAAGAAGUCAUGUUUUUA